UCGCACCUAUAUAUAAUUUGCAUACCUUUCUCAACGCCACAUAUUCUCAUCAUUCCUCCAUAUCUAUGUCCACAAAUUUUCUUGGAUCACAGUUCCCUUUUAUACAACAAAUUUCUUCUCACAAUAACAAGCUUUCAACAUUCAACAUGGCUGCUUGUAUUCAUACUUCAAGAACCAAAACUCCACCAAAAAACAACCCUCAAAUAGACAACGACGUUUACAAUUACGUUAAAUAUUGUCGACCAAAUUUUCCUAACCUUAAUUCCCACAAACCCAUUAUCGAAAAAAACUCAAAAAUCAAUGAAGGGGGUGAUGAUGAUUUGUGGCUAAAAAUGAAAGAUGAAGCAAGGUCAGAUAUUGAUCAAGAACCAAUAUUGUCUAAUUAUUACAUAUCUUCAAUUUUGGCUCAUGAAUCAAUGGAAAAUGCUUUGGCUAAUCAUCUUUCAAUGAAAUUAAGUAAUUCUAAUCUUCCUAGCAGUACUUUAUAUGAUCUUUUUUUAGGUGUGUUAACAGAGGGAAAAGAAAUAAUUAAAUCAGUUAAAGCUGAUUUGAAAGCUGUUAAAGAAAGAGAUCCUGCUUGUAUUAGUUAUGUACACUGUUUCUUGAAUUUCAAAGGUUUUUUAGCAUGUCAAGCACAUAGAAUUGCACACAAGUUAUGGUCAAAUGGGAGACAAAUUUUAGCUUUGUUGAUACAAAACAGAGUAUCUGAAGUUUUUGCUGUUGAUAUUCAUCCUGGUGCUAAAAUUGGGAAAGGGAUUUUACUUGAUCAUGCAACUGGUGUUGUUGUUGGUGAAACAGCUGUUAUUGGAAACAAUGUUUCAAUUUUACAUAAUGUAACAUUAGGUGGGACAGGAAAAGUGUGUGGUGACAGACAUCCUAAGAUUGGUGAUGGUGUUUUAAUUGGUGCUGGUACUUGUGUUCUUGGAAAUGUUGUUAUUGAAGAUGGGGCAAAAAUCGGGGCCGGUUCGGUUGUGUUGAAACGGGUUCCGGCUAGGACUACUGCUGUUGGGAACCCAGCGAAGUUGCUCGGAGGGAAAGAGAAUCCAGAGAGGCUUGAUAAAAUUCCCAGUUUAACCAUGGACCAUACAUAUGAGUGGUCUGAUUAUGUAAUAUAAAGUUAACAAUUCCGUUCAGAGGCGUUCAAAAUACCUGUUUUGAACAGGUUUUGGGGUCUGGAUGAAACCCUGUGGAGCACAGGGAACCGAAUGAUAAUCCAGGAACAAGUUACAAGGGUCUCCCAGGCCAUUCCAUCUUUUUAUUUUUCUUCAUUACUACCAUUGUUAUAGCUUUUUUUUAGAUUAGUGAAAAGCUCCUCGAGGAAUUUUUAGUUUUCAGGGAGAAUUUAAGUUCUCUUAAAAGCAUAGAGAUAUUUCCUUGAGUGGAGGAGAUGUAACAGCCAUUUACCUUUUUAUGGUAACUGGUUUAAGAGACUAUUGUACUAUUUUUCAUGAUAUAGUAAAAAGUUCCAUCUUGCAAUCUAACAAA